CCACCUCUUGGAGGAGAACCUCGAGGCCUACACCGCCACCACGUUCCAGCCGGUCGACGACGUGCUCAAGGAGGUGGUGGACCGCGCCGCGCGCAACCAGCUGCCCCCUCUGCACGUCGACAGCCUGGACGGCCUCACGCUGGAGGUCGUGAUUAGGAUGGCCGGAUACAAGAAGAUGGUGGAGGUCGGCACCCUGGCCGGCUACUCCGGGAUCCAGAUCGCGCGCGCCAUCGGGCCGGACGGCCACCUGCACACCAUCGAAGUCAUCCCGCAGUUCGCAGAGGUGGCCAAGGAGUCUUUCCGCAAGGCCGGCGUCGAGGAUCGAGUGACUGUACACGUCGGCUCGGCUGCCGAGGUGCUGCAGCGACUGUCCAAGCUGGGGCCCUUCGACGCCGUGUUCAUCGACGCGGACAAGGAGAACUACCCCGUCUACCUGGACUGGGCCGAGGAGAACAUCCGGGUCGGGGGCGCCGUCUUCGCCGACAACACCUUCGGCUUCGGGCACGUGUGGCGGGAGGCCGACACGAUCGUGGACAACCCCAAGCUGCGCGGCCAGGUGGCCGGGCUGCGGAAGAUCAACGCCCGGCUCGCCAACAACCCCAACUACCGCGCCACCAUCCUGCCCACCAACCAGGGCCUCACCAUGGCCGUGCGGCUCAAGUAGCUCGUCCAGUCACCUGCUCUUGUUGUGCUCCUCAUUAUGGAUCUAGGCUUUAAAUGUCACACGGAAAUAUUUCUUCUUUUUCCUACUUUAUUUUCACACAUGCAAUUUUCAUUUCAUUUAAAUAAAUCUCAUUCAACAAAG